GUCUUUGAGAGAACAGACCGUGGGGCUAGGACCGCGAGGAGACUGAAAGAAGAGUGGGUCAGUGACAGCAAAGGGAGUUUAAGGAGGGGGCUGUAAGGCUACUGUGACCCAGAGGGGCAGUGACAGCGAGGGGACUGUGACUGAGAUUUAGCUGCUUGCGAGGCGUGUGCGACCCCGAGGCAGUGAAUGCUAAGGACUCUGACCUCAGAGAGCACGAGGCAGAGGCUGCGAGAAGACUACGAUCGAGAAAGUAUGAGGCAAUGACUCGGAGGAGAUUCUGGUCGAUGGAUAGUGUCUGUGAAGGGACUUUGAUCUAAGGGAGCAUGAAAGAGCGGCCGCAGGGGCUAUGCAUUUGGGGCAGGUGAUGUGUCUUGAUUGCCUGACAUCGGGAGGCAUUAUUGGUGAUGUUAAUUAACUUGGAUCACGUAGCUAAGAAAUGUUUUCACUAUGAAGUUAAAAGAAGAUGGAUGCCCAGAGUUCAGCCAAAGUCAACACAAGAAAGAGGAGGAAAGAAGUACCUGGACCCAAUGGGGCAACAGAAGAAGAUGGAGUUUCUUCAAAAGUGCCACGCUGUGCAAUUGGGUUACAGCAGCCAGCUCCUUUUUCUGACGAAAUUGAAGUAGACUUUAGUAAGCCCUAUGUCAGGGUAACUAUGGAAGAAGCCAGCAGAGGAACUCCUUGCGACCGGCCUGUGAGAGUUUAUGCAGAUGGAAUAUUUGACUUAUUUCACUGUGGUCAUGCCCGGGCUCUGAUGCAAGCAAAAAACCUUUUCCCUAAUACAUACCUUAUUGUGGGAGUUUGCAGUGAUGAGCUUACGCACAACUUCAAAGGCUUCACAGUGAUGAAUGAGAAUGAGCGCUAUGAUGCGGUGCAGCACUGCCGCUAUGUGGACGAGGUGGUGAGGAAUGCCCCCUGGACCCUGACGCCAGAGUUCCUCGCAGAACACCGGAUUGAUUUUGUAGCACAUGAUGAUAUUCCUUAUUCUUCUGCUGGGAGUGAUGAUGUUUAUAAGCACAUCAAGGAAGCAGGCAUGUUUGCUCCAACACAGAGGACAGAAGGUAUCUCCACAUCAGACAUCAUCACCCGAAUUGUCCGGGACUAUGAUGUGUAUGCCAGACGGAACCUGCAGAGGGGCUACACUGCAAAGGAGCUCAAUGUCAGCUUUAUCAAUGAGAAGAAAUACCACUUACAGGAACGGGUUGACAAAGUAAAGAAGAAAGUGAAAGACGUGGAGGAAAAGUCAAAAGAAUUUGUUCAGAAGGUGGAAGAAAAAAGCAUUGACCUCAUCCAGAAAUGGGAGGAGAAAUCCCGAGAAUUCAUUGGAAGUUUCCUGGAAAUGUUUGGUCCAGAAGGAGCACUGAAACAUAUGCUGAAAGAGGGGAAAGGCCGGAUGCUGCAGGCCAUCAGUCCAAAGCAGAGUCCCAGCAGCAGCCCCACUCGGGAACGCUCCCCCUCCCCGUCUUUCCGGUGGCCCUUCUCUGGCAAGACUUCCCCACCUUCCUCCCCAGCAAACCUCUCCAGGCACAAGGCUGCAACCUAUGACAUCAGUGAGGACGAAGAAGACUAAAUUUUCAUCCCUCCUUCCUCUCCCCCUCCCCCCCUCCCAUAACCGUCGGAAGCUCUCUGUUGAAUUCCAAAUUGUGAUCCCAACAGUAAACCUGAGGACAGCUGCGAAAGAAAGUUGGGGCAGGAGGACCUAGGCUGGGAUCAGCCCAUCCUCCCAGAGGCAUCACCCACUCACACCGAGAAGGAGGCUGAGUACACCUUAGAAGCCUGUUCUGCGUCCAUAUCCCCUCUCCACAGACUUUGCUUUACUGUUUAUGUUCAUGUGAUCUUGACAGAGAAAUUGUCAUUUUUAUUAAUUUUUAAAAAUUAGUCUUUCAAAUAUUGUAAGUAGAACUAAUUUUUUGCCCCUGAGGAGUGGGCAGAAGGAAGUGGUGUAUCACCCAGAGGCCUUUUCUCCCUGAUACACUAUCGUGUUUGCCUUCUGUUCUGAGGCAAAGUGGCUUGCCAAGUCCUUCAAGCAGUGAGCCGUGCCGAUGAGUGAUUUCUGGGGAGGGGGGAAAAGCAGAAUUUUGGCAUCCUUAAAAAAAAGCUAAAAGCUGAGUAAGCUCAGUCACAAAUCCCCUAAAUGUACUGCUGGCACAUGUGUCAUUGUGGCUGUGAGAAGGAGGAGAUCUGAGCCUAACUUUUCUUACUCCCUGAGGAGUUUCGUGUUGGACCCAAUGGGGUCCAUGGAAGACACUGAUGGGGAUGGAACCAGACCACAUGGCAUCAUCUGCAGUUUUCCUGCUGUGUUCAUCUUCCCAGAAAACUCUGUUGCCCAGUUAUUUGGGAGCUACUAUCAAUCUCAUUCCUGCAGUCUACCUUUGAGGGAAGGAACACUUUCAGAUUUACUGUGAUUGAGGUGGGGAGUGUGGCAAUACUCAGUCCUAUCCAUGGUCAGUUCAGGUUACUUUCCCAGCUGAGAGUAACCCCCUGGGCCUGUUACUCCUAUUUCAAUGCUUAUUAUCUAGCUUUUUGCAAAACAUACUUUGUAAAUGUCUGCAGUUUGAACGUGAUCUGUUAAUCCAUAUUGCUCAAAGCCAUACUGAAUAUUUGGAGAAGUUUGCACAGAAUUUAAACACAGAAGCAUAAGGAAACACCUCCUUUCUGAAGCCUUAUCUUAAACUCUGCCCCUCUUACAGAAAGUUUUUCUUCUUUUCUUUUUUCUUUUUUUAAAGAAAGUUCUUGGCUGGAACUAGUGUGCCAGGUAGUGUUCCCUUUCCUCUGAGAGAGUUGUAGCCGGCAGGGACCGCCCUCCCUGUCCCUCAUGUGCCUGCUGCCCCACUUCCCCUGUUAGGUGCCCGGGGGGAUUCACCACUUACAUUUCCCAUCAGAGAUGCUGAAUUUUAACACUUGCAGUUGAGUGUGAGCUCACUUGAAGCCUCCAGCAUUCUGCAGCUACAUGACCUAGGAGACCAUCAUCUUCACUAGACCUGCAGCUGGAAUCGGGGGGAAACUGCUUAUGUCCAGGCCCUACCCUGUCACUCUUAAAUACCCCUUGUAGGGGUGGAAUUUUGGUGUUUUCAGCUUAGAAAACCACAUUUUAUCUUGCCUUGCCCCUAUGCUAGGGCUGUGAGCAUCUCAGAGUCUCCUCUCCAAGUACUUUCUGGUAAAACCUGCUCUUCUGCCUGAGGCUCAGAGGCUAGAAUCACUGCCUGCCUGCACAGCAGGACUGCCUUGGUUCCUAAAAUUUUGAUCAUGCAGAGAGGCAGAAUGGAGACACAAAGAGAGGGAAAUCUCUUGUUGUCGUGACGGCCUUUGAAAACUGCAUUUCUGACUGUUCUCAUGCAGUGCUAUUCUUGCUAUCAAAUCUAGUUGACUUGAGCUUUGGCUUGGAAUCCUUCUUUUGAAACAGUUCAAGUUAUUAUUUUCCUACAUUAACUGGCUUCAUAGGAACCCAUAUUUUAACUUUUCUGCUUCAGUCUUCCCUCUUUGGGAAUUCUGCCUGUCACUCUCCCUGGUAUAGAAAUAUAAUGAAGUCAUUAUGGAAGCUCACCUUCAUGUUCCCUCAAAGCACAUGUUAGCCAAAUGUAUUUGGCAAAGGAGAUGAUCAGACGGUGGUUUUCCUCCCUGCAGUGAGUCCUCUCAGGUAUACUGCCUGGGCCCUGUUCCUCCACUCUGUCAGUGGUCUUUCCGCAUCCCUGCCCUUGGAAUAUGGCCGCUGUGCUGGUAAGCUCUGUGAGACUACCAGGGCCAGCAGGCGCACGUGUUCUUGGAAAGCCCCCUCGCCCCUUCUGACGAGCCUCUACAGUCUCAGUCUCCUAACACCCGUGCAUCUUCAAAUAAUUUUGACUUUUGUGGUGUGGUUUAUUUGCUUCUUUGGGAUAAUUGUGAUCCUAAGUGCUGGACAAGAUGGGUGGAGGGAGGAAGCUGUUGGGAUGAUGCAUUAUUUGAUCAUUUGUGCCUAAUUAAAUGAAGUUAGUGGUUUGCCUACCAUGACCAUGCCUGUGAUUUGUAAAUCUUCAAAUAUUAAUUUUAAUAUUAACCAGUAAUAUUAGUUUCUUAUAUUAAUAUUAAUUAGCUGUUUCCCUGAAUCCCACACACAAAGCCAUAGGCCAAAUGUAGCAGAGAUGGGAGAGCCUUAAAAGUUGGUUGGCUUCAGAGCUCAGUGCGUAAGACCGAAGAAUGGAGACGGACACCCAGGAGCUGGUGCUGAGGAGGUGCUAGCUCAGCAGGUAUGUUGGGAUGGCUGGCCAGAAAGCCUGCUCUUUUCACCCACUGGACUCAGGAGCACGGAGGAAUAGAGGUUGAAACUUCCUGGGAGUAGACCUGGAUCGCUCGUACUACCGCAGCUGUUUCUGAUAGCUAGAGCCAAAGACCAUUUUUUGCUGAGCCUUAGGUAAGAAAGGGAGGGGGGAAUAUGAGGAGAUUGAAGAUCCUAAAAUAAGAAAAAACAUGAAGGAGGCCAAGAGAGCUUUUGACUUUUUCUGAUUGCCGAUAACUCAGCACCCGGGUUAGAUUCUUCUUACUUUACUUGUGACCAUACAGCUGGUCGAGCAGCUUCUGGAUAUUCCCUCUACAAGGGUUCCUCAUGGUGGGUUUGUUUCUCUGGAUUAUCUUGGUUUUUGAGGAGCUUCUGUUGCCUUUUUGACCCUGUUCCAGAUCUCAUGUCAAAAAUCUUUCCAAAUCAAUUAUAUUUUGCUUUUAAUUCCCUAAGAGCCAUAGCUUCUACCUUUUCUGUCAGCACAUUCUUUCACCAGAAGUUGAACUAAUCCAGGUAGAGAAAAGCUCCCUUGACAAUGUUUUUAACUAAUGGUAUUUUUUUUUAAGCUUACCAAUAUAAGUAUUUUUAAAGGUUGUAUUUUUCAAAGUCAUACAAUGAUUGUUCUUGUUUUUUCUCAUAGAAUAGAUUGUCAUGGGAUAAAGAGUGGCCCCUAGCUUCUAUUUUUCCAAACAAGUAGAACAUGUUCUUGGGAUUAUACUAUUAAGUGUUAAUUUUCCUUAAAAGAACUAAAGAUUUUCUGUCUGCCAAAGCUUUAUGUUAAUACUCAGAUUGGGGUAGAGAACAAAAGUGCUAGGUGUAACACUGGGGUGACUCAGGUUGUGUUCCUUUAGGUUUAAAGGGGGGGUCCCCACCUUUCUUGGGGGGAUAAGGGGCACCGACUGUUUUAAACACAGAGACGACCAGUUGGGCUGUCCUGUAUUGAGGAUGCUGAAAAGAACAAGGCAUGUUGGGAAGGAAUGCUGGCCUUGGCAUGAAUAUUAGCCUCAUCCCCAGUGCCAGGAAUCCACAGGACGUUUUCCUCAGUCGGUGUUCAGUAUAUUGUUUUCCUCUGUGAGUGUUACUAAUUUGUUCAGAGUUAUUUUGGCCUUUGUCAUUUAGCCAAAUAAAGGCAAAUGGUUUUACCUAA